AUGGACGUGGACGCUGAGGAGAAGCGCCAUCGCACACGGUCCAAAGGGGUUCGAGUUCCUGUGGAGCCAGCCAUACAAGAGCUGUUCAGCUGUCCCACUCCAGGCUGCGAUGGCAGUGGUCACGUCAGUGGCAAAUAUGCACGACACAGAAGUGUAUAUGGUUGUCCCUUGGCUAAAAAAAGGAAAACGCAAGAUAAGCAGCCCCAAGAACCUGCUCCCAAGCGAAAGCCAUUUGCAGUGAAAGCAGAUAGUUCUUCAGUAGAUGAAUGCUUUGAGAGUGAUGGUACUGAAGACAUGGAUGAUAAGGAGGAAGAUGAGGAAGAGGAGUUUUCUGAGGACAAUGAUGACCAAGGGGAUGAGGAUGAUGAAGAUGAGGAGGUGGAUCGGGAAGAUGAGGAGGAGAUCGAGGAGGAAGAUGAUGAUGAUGAUGAUGAUGAAGAUGGGGAUGAUGUAGAAGAGGAAGAAGAGGAAGAGGAGGAAGAAGAGGAAGAAGAGGAAGAGGAAGAAGAAAAUGAAGACCAUCAAAUGAGUUGUACACGAAUAAUGCAGGACACAGAAAAGGAUGAUAACAACAAUGAUGAGUAUGAUAACUAUGAUGAACUGGUAGCCAAGUCACUAUUAAAUCUUGGCAAAAUUGCUGAAGAUGCAGCAUACCGAGCCAGGACUGAGUCAGAAAUGAACAGCAAUACCUCCAAUAGCUUGGAGGAUGAUAGUGACAAAAAUGAAAACCUCGGUCGGAAAAGCGAACUGAGUCUAGAUUUAGACAGUGAUGUUGUUAGAGAAACAGUGGACUCCCUUAAGCUGUUAGCACAAGGACAUGGUGUUGUGCUAUCAGAGAACAUUAGUGACAGAAGUUAUGCUGAGGGGAUGUCACAGCAAGACAGUAGAAAUAUGAACUAUGUCAUGCUAGGGAAGCCCAUGAACAAUGGACUCAUGGAUAAGAUGGUGGAAGAGAGUGAUGAGGAAGUGUGUCUCAGUAGUCUAGAGUGUCUGAGGAACCAGUGCUUUGACCUGGCCAGGAAACUCAGCGAGACCAACCCACAGGACAGAAGUCAGCCACCCAACAUGAGUGUGCGCCAACAUGUCCGGCAAGAGGAUGACUUCCCUGGGAGGACACCAGACAGGAGCUACUCAGAUAUGAUGAACCUUAUGCGGCUGGAGGAGCAGCUAAGCCCCAGGUCUAGAACGUUCUCCAGCUGUGCCAAGGAGGAUGGGUGUCAUGAGAGAGAUGAUGACACCACCUCAGUGAACUCAGACAGGUCUGAGGAGGUAUUUGACAUGACCAAGGGCAACCUGACUCUGCUAGAGAAAGCCAUUGCCUUGGAAACAGAGAGAGCCAAGGCCAUGAGGGAGAAGAUGGCCAUGGACGCUGGGAGAAGGGAUAACCUGAGAUCCUAUGAGGACCAGUCUCCAAGACAGCUGGCUGGUGAAGACAGAAAAUCCAAAUCCAGUGACAGCCAUGUCAAAAAGCCAUACUAUGAUCCCUCAAGAACAGAAAAGAGAGAAAGCAAGUGUCCAACCCCCGGGUGUGAUGGAACCGGCCACGUAACUGGGCUUUACCCGCAUCACCGCAGUCUGUCUGGAUGCCCGCACAAAGAUAGGGUCCCUCCAGAAAUUCUUGCCAUGCAUGAAAAUGUUCUCAAGUGUCCCACUCCAGGCUGCACAGGGCGAGGGCAUGUGAAUAGCAACAGGAACUCGCACAGAAGCCUCUCUGGAUGCCCUAUUGCUGCUGCAGAAAAAUUGGCAAAGGCUCAAGAGAAACACCAGAGCUGUGACGUGUCCAAGUCCAACCAAGCCUCAGACCGAGUCCUCAGGCCAAUGUGCUUUGUCAAGCAACUUGAGAUUCCUCAGUAUGGCUACAGAAACAAUGUCCCUACAACAACACCGCGCUCCAACCUGGCCAAGGAGCUUGAGAAAUAUUCCAAGACUUCGUUUGAAUACAACAGUUACGACAACCAUACUUAUGGCAAAAGAGCCAUAGCUCCCAAGGUGCAAACCAGGGACAUAUCCCCCAAAGGAUAUGACGAUGCCAAGCGGUACUGCAAGAAUGCCAGCCCCAGCAGCAGCACCACCAGCAGUUAUGCGCCCAGCAGCAGCAGCAACCUCAGCUGCGGUGGUGGCAGCAGCGCCAGUAGCACGUGUAGCAAGAGCAGCUUUGACUACACACAUGACAUGGAGGCCGCACACAUGGCAGCCACAGCCAUCCUCAACCUGUCCACACGUUGCCGUGAAAUGCCACAGAACCUGUCCACCAAGCCCCAGGACCUGUGCACCGCCCGGAAUCCAGACAUGGAAGUGGAUGAGAAUGGAACCUUGGACCUGAGCAUGAACAAGCAGAGGCCUCGAGACAGCUGCUGCCCAGUCCUGACACCCCUGGAGCCCAUGUCCCCCCAGCAGCAGGCAGUGAUGAGCAGCCGAUGCUUCCAGCUGAGUGAAGGGGAUUGCUGGGACUUGCCAGUAGACUACACCAAAAUGAAGCCUCGGAGGGUAGAUGAGGAUGACCCCAAAGAGAUUACUCCAGAAGACUUGGACCCAUUCCAGGAGGCCCUGGAAGAAAGAAGGUAUCCAGGGGAGGUGACCAUCCCAAGCCCCAAACCCAAGUACCCGCAGUGCAAGGAGAGCAAAAAGGACUUAAUAACUCUGUCUGGCUGCCCCCUGGCGGACAAAAGUAUUCGAAGUAUGCUGGCCACCAGUUCACAAGAGCUCAAGUGUCCCACCCCUGGCUGUGACGGUUCUGGACACAUCACUGGCAAUUAUGCUUCUCAUCGAAGCCUUUCUGGGUGCCCAAGAGCAAAGAAGAGUGGCAUCCGGAUAGCACAGAGCAAAGAGGACAAGGAGGACCAGGAGCCGAUCAGGUGUCCAGUCCCUGGCUGUGAUGGUCAGGGCCACAUCACUGGGAAGUAUGCAUCCCACCGCAGCGCCUCUGGGUGCCCGUUGGCAGCCAAGAGGCAGAAAGACGGGUACCUCAACGGCUCCCAGUUCUCCUGGAAGUCAGUCAAGACUGAGGGCAUGUCCUGCCCUACACCUGGUUGUGAUGGGUCAGGACACGUCAGUGGCAGCUUUCUAACACACCGCAGCUUGUCAGGAUGUCCAAGAGCCACAUCAGCAAUGAAGAAAGCAAAGCUGUCUGGAGAACAGAUGUUGACUAUUAAGCAGCGAGCCAGCAAUGGUAUAGAAAAUGAUGAAGAAAUCAAGCAGUUAGAUGAAGAGAUAAAGGAGCUUAACGAGUCCAAUUCCCAAAUGGAGGCUGACAUGAUCAAACUCAGAACUCAGGUAACAAUCACCACAAUGGAGAGCAACCUAAAGACGAUUGAGGAGGAGAACAAAGUCAUCGAGCAACAGAACGAGUCGCUCCUGCAUGAGCUGGCCAACCUGAGCCAGUCCCUGAUCCACAGCCUCGCCAACAUCCAGCUGCCUCACAUGGAGGAUGGUGUAUGGUGGGGGCAAUAAAUGAGGUUUUUUGCAUUCCAAGGAAAUGGCAUAUGGAUUAACUAUAAGAAAUGAAAUAAGUAAUUUAUUGUAAGACAACAUCAAGCCAUGGAAACUUGGCAGAAGAUUCAAAGCAGCUUAAACAGCACUUUUAAUUAACUCCUAGACAUUACAUGGUGGGACUGUGGAAACUCCGUUAACACAGGAGCUUGUCAGAGGUGGACAACACGAAGAUUUCCUUUGCAUUUUCAGUAACCUUUGGAGCACCCUUCUCUUAUUUCUCCUAGAGCCCUGUGCCCCUCUGAACUGUUACCACAAUAUAGCUUACCUAGCAGAAGUUGAUUGUUUUUCAAUUUGAGAAAAAAAAAAGGUAAUUUAAGCAUUUAUCUCCCCUUUUCACUUUCAAAAAUCAUCAUCAUUCGUUAUUCUUGUUUCACAUCUGAGGAUGAAGGCUAACGGCUGUGAUUGCCCCGGUUACUGGAUGGGAUUCUCUGCUGGGCGGGUGGGAAAGCAGCUCUACCCUUCCCUGUCCUUACCUGCCCCAACUCUGACUUUGAAUAAGCCUUGGUCCUAUUCAGAACACUCUGGACACCAAGGCCAAGGACGUUCACGUUCUGCCCCCGCUGGGUCCAGCUGACUCUAGCGUCUGCACAGCCUUGUUUGGUUUAUGGUGACCUAACCUGAGAAGGAAUGCAAUCAGAUUUUAAAGUUACUAAAUAUACUUCAGCACUUUUUUUGCUUUAAACUAGAUCAUCUUAGACUUGUUGAUACCUUUGAAAUUUGAUGGUCUCAUCCCAAAUGACUGCACUAUAUGUAUGCAUACGGCCACUUUUGAUUGCUGCGCCCCCUUCUGAGUAGUCUUUGACAAUGUGUUGUGUUCCCCGACGUCGACUUGAUUUCCUUUUAGUAGCAUCUCUCUCUUCCAUGUCUUGAUGUUAUGCAGGAAGUACAAAAGUACUUUAAAAUUUUGUUAUGAAAUAAAUAAAAAAGAUGGGUUUUGUAAAAAUAAAAAAAAAAUAUUUUUAGCAGAACAGGACUUACAGGGUCAUUGUCCCCACAAUGUGCCAGUCGGCUCUUUGCACUCGCCUUGUCCUAUAUAUCUGUACGGAGGUGUGCAAUCCUGUGUCAGUCGCCUUGUGACACUGAAGUGGAUGAGUUAUAGAGGAGGCCCUCAAGGCUGACCCAAUACGGUUACUAAGGGAGACUACAGGGAUCUCACAACAAAUAUUCUGAUACAAUACUCAACCUCGGUAUAUAUAUAUAUGUAUAUGUAUAAAUAUAAGA